UUACGGAGUAUCUUUUAAUAAUUUAAUAAUAAUAAUUCUCACUCCCUAACAGAAUACGAUCAAUGGCGUCAGCUGGUGUUGCUACUUUCCUUCCAAAAUUUCCCUCGCCCGUUUCAAAAUUCCGUUCCUCCGGCAACAACCGCCGCCGAAGAUCUACACUCUCGCCGCGAAAUUCCGCCACUGGAGUCGGCGAGGCUUCUUCCUCUUCUGUAUCUUCCAACGGCUACCCCUCCACCUCCAAUCAACCCUUCCCUGGCAAGCCAGAGGCAGAUGUUGUUGUUAUUGGGAGUGGUAUAGCUGGCCUAUGUUGUGCCGGACUGCUUGCUAGAUACCAGCAAGAUGUUUUGGUACUUGAAAGCCAUGAUGUACCCGGGGGUGCUGCUCAUUCUUUUGAUAUUAAAGGCUAUAAGUUUGAUUCUGGCCCUUCUUUAUUCUCUGGCUUUCAAUCAAGGGGUCCCCAGGCCAAUCCUUUAGCACAAGUACUUGAUGCUCUGGGUGAAUCAAUUCCCUGUACAAAAUAUGAUUCCUGGAUGGUAUACAUACCUGAAGGUGAAUUUUUGUCUCGCAUUGGCCCGACAGAGUUCUUCAAGGAUCUGGAAAACUAUGCAGGUCCUGAUUCUGUGAGAGAAUGGAAAAAGCUUCUUGAUGCAAUUCUUCCAAUGUCAGCAGCAGCAAUGGCUCUACCUCCUCUGUCUAUCCGAGGUGACCUGGGUAUUCUUUCCACUGCUGCUGCCAGAUAUGCACCCUCCCUCUUGAAAUCUUUUGCUCAAAUGGGACCUCAGGGGGCCCUUGGUGCAACAAAGCUUCUCAGACCCUUUUCAGAAAUUAUUGAUUCAUUGGGCCUAAAAGAUCCUUUUAUAAGGAAUUGGUUGGAUCUUCUUGCUUUCUUGCUUGCAGGGGUCAAAACUAAUGGCAUACUCUCUGCAGAGAUGGUUUACAUGUUCUCAGAAUGGUACAAGCCAGGUUGCACAUUGGAGUAUCCUCUUCAUGGAAGUGGGGCUAUAGUUGAUGCUCUUGUACGAGGAUUACAGAAGUUUGGUGGACGGAUUUCUCUUAAGAGCCAUGUAGAAAAUAUCGUUGUUGAAAAUGGUAGAGCCACUGGAGUAAAACUAAGAAGUGGCCAAUUUGUUCGUGCUAAAAAGGCUGUUGUCAGCAAUGCAUCUAUGUGGGACACUUUAAACUUAUUACCAAAGGAUGUUGUUCCAAAAACAUAUCAGGACCGGAUAAAAAAUACCCCACAAUGCGAAUCAUUUAUGCAUCUGCAUUUGGGCUUCAAUGCAGAGGGAAUACGUGAUGACCUGGGAAUCCAUCACAUAGUUGUGAAUGAUUGGGAAACAGGAGUUGAUGCUGAUCAGAAUGUUGUUCUGAUAUCUGUACCUAGUGUGCUUAGUCCUAAUCUUGCUCCUCCUGGGAAACACAUCUUGCAUGCCUAUACACCUGGAACUGAGCCAUUUGAAAUUUGGGAAGGACUUGAUCGCAAAAGCAGUGAAUACAAAAACCUCAAGGCGGAACGGUCUGAGGUAAUGUGGAAGGCAGUGGAAAGAGCGCUAGGUCCAGGUUUCAGUCGUGACAAGUGUGAGGUAAAAUUGGUUGGAACUCCACUAACACACCAAAGGUUUCUUAGGAGGAAUAGAGGAACUUAUGGACCAGCUAUACUAGCUGGCAAAGACACAUUCCCUGGGCAUUCAACACCAAUCCCUCAGCUCCUAUGCUGUGGCGACUCCACUUUCCCAGGCAUUGGAGUCCCUGCGGUUGCUGCCAGUGGUGCCAUUGUUGCCAAUUCUCUGGUUUCUGUGUCUCAACAUUCGCAACUUCUUGACGCUGUAGGAAUAUGACAACGCAUUAUGUUUUUGGUUAAUUAAAAGCCAACGUCUGAAAGAAGGAAGGGAUAAAAGCUAAUUUGCAGUAUUGUUAGGAAAUCUGCAGUAGUGUACAUACUUCAUGGCUCGUUUGGGUAUAACUAGAAUUGCUGAAAGAAGAAAAAGGAUUGUGGCUGCUUUGACUGUUUUUUUAGAGAUGUAUACUGCUGUUAGUGCUUUAGUACUUUUAAUGGCAUCAACAACAUCUCUCAAUAGUUAUAGGCCAAGCAUUAAGCACUAUUCUCUUGAUAGUUAUUACAAAAGAGAGUACGUUCAACGAAUUUUGAAUAAUAACGAGUUAUGCAUUUCACUACUUAGGAUGAAUUUGCAAACUUUUUCCAAACUAUGUGAAAUGCUAGAGAGUUUAGGAGGAUUAAAACCAACAAGGAACAUGACUAUUGGGGAACAAGUAGUAAUCUUCUUACAUAUUCUUGCUCAUCAUGUUAAAAAUCGAGUCAUUCAAUACAAUUAUGGAAGGUCAGGUGAGAGUAUCAGUCGAGCGUUUCAUAAAGUCCUGAAUGCUAUAAUGCAUUUGCAAGGUCAUUUGUUUAGAACACCCGAACCCAUUUCGGCAAAUUGUACCGACAGUCGAUGGAAGUGGUUUAAGAAUUGUUUAGGUGCUUUAGAUGGGACCUUUAUCAAGGUUAAUGUGCCAAGUUCUGAUAAGCCUAGAUAUCGAACUCGUAAGGGAGACAUUGCAACAAAUGUUUUAGGUGUGUGCACUCCUGAUAUGCAAUUUGUAUAUGUUCUAAGUGGUUGGGAAGGAUCAGUGGCUGAUAGUCGAGUUCUUCGUGAUGCAAUUAGUAGGACACAUGCAUUGGAAGUGCCACAUGGUUGCUAUUACCUAGUUGAUGCUGGUUAUACAAAUUGUGAGGGGUUUCUAGCACCUUUUAGGGGACAAAGGUAUCAUUUGAAUGAAUGGCGUCAUGGUUAUCAACCAACAAGCCCGCAAGAAUUUUUUAAUAUGAAACAUGCAGCCGCUCGUAAUGUGAUUGAGAGGUGUUUUGGGUUAUUAAAAAUUAGAUGGGGUAUUCUUAGGAGCCCAUCAUAUUACCCUAUAAAGACACACAAUCGCAUUAUUAUAGCAUGUUGUUUGCUCCACAACCUUAUUAGACAAGUGAUGCAAGUCGAUCCUAUGGAAAGUGAACUUGAUGCGUUUGAUACGGUUGAAGGUGAAACGAAUUCAAUAAAUACAGUUGAUCCAUCUGAUGCUUGGACUAAUUGGCGAAUGGAAUUAGCAAAUCAAAUGUUCAAUCAAUGGAAUAAUUAGGAGUCUGAUUUUUUAUUAUCUUUUAUGAGCUUGUUGUCUCAAUUUUAUUUGAUGUAAAACUCUAUGUUUGUCAAAAA